AGGGAUUUUAAGACGUGUGUUAGGAAAAAAUUUUCAAAUCGAUCUGGCAACACUGGUUCAAAGCAUUUCGCCAUAGGUCGAUUGUGAUUGGAGCAUGCGCUGGCGCACUCCCGUUCAGCCAUUCUGCCUCCCUUCUCUUCGGUCUGCGGGGGUGAUUGUCAUUCAUGAUUAGUCGUACCGUACUUGAUUGCGGCGAGGUUCAUCGCGUUCCCGAGUUUUCGCGUAUGGUGUCGCGUAUUACGGGUGUAUCACGUUCGAAACGACUCGACGCUUAGCCGUGAAGUCGCGCGCGUUUACUAUCAGCCACUCGUAACAGUCGACUACGUUCGGAUUGAUCGAUCGCGGAGUGAAGUUCAUCGCGCGCGGGGACCCAUUUGGCGCUUUUUCCACGGACGCGCGAUGUCACCCGUCCCGUCCCUCCCCUGAUAUCCGACACAGCCGUGUCCAACAAUGAGAUGUCCGCCGUUCUAACGGGCGAGGUAGGUGGCCGGACACCGUAGAUUUUGACGACAUGAGAGACAGAGGGAGAGGAAGAGGAAAAAAAGAAAAAACUUUCGCGCGCGCGGUGCCAUCACCGAAACCGCGUGACAAUCGAUCGCCGCGAAUUUGGCUCCGUGUUGUUGCCUCAGUUGCUCUCGCGAGCCCAAUUCAGGAUCACGUUCGUUAAUCCUGGAAGAUGAAAAAAAGGAGAUAAAGAGGGGAAGAUGGUAGGAGCGAAAAGAAAAAAAAAAAUAAAGAACCGAAUGCUUAAACGUAACGCAGGCUGCUCCUUCGUGGCGGACAUGUCGACAUAAUGGCGUCACGACUGUCUUUCGAGAAUACCGGAGAUAAAUACAAUCCGUCUUUCUGAUCACUACAACGGCGAAUUCCGAUGACGCCUUUAGUGCCAGAAUUUCACCUGCUUUCGUUCCCUUCGAGACUGCCAUUCCCGAUACGUUCAAUAGACACGCGCGUACAUUUUCCAAUUAGAUGAUUAUCUUCUAAUAGCAUUGGUUGCAUCGUAGCAUUUAGUUACUGGCGCAAUUCAUUGGCAUCGUGACAUUAAUGAAUGCAAGAUUUCGCAUAAAGACUUCUUCUACAAUAUAACAUCCAACUGCGCAAUAGUAGUGAAAUGGCAGAUGAAUGCAGCGAGGUCAAGUCGGCAGGACCGUCCUCGCCCAGAAGUCCUCAGAGCAGUAACAACGGCGGGAAGCCAAGUAGUCCACAUUCGCCUAGGCAACCAAGACGUGUAAAGCUAACUCAGCAACAAUUGGACAGCUUGACUAAGGACGAGCUAGCAGCCAAAUGGCAUGAACAGGACUUGUAUGUGGAGUGUCUAGAAGCCCAGGCGGCAGCUCAGGAAGGUACUGAGAUCACACGAGUGAGACCACCUCACUCACCACAUAUCUUAAGCGAAUUAACGAAUGCCAGAACACAACGGUCCUUUAUAAGAGACAGAACUCUCGUAGAGACGCUAAGCUUAGGGUUUGUUAGAUCAGUGUUUAGGAUAUUAUCAUUAAGUUGUCUGUUAGGUUUAAGGUAACAAAAGGAAGCUUUAGUUAAAUAAGAAAUUACUCCAGGUAUAAAUGUAGCAGACGAUUUUUAUCGUUCUAUGAGGAACUUUGGUACGCGUGCGAUCAGGUUUUAUUGUAUCCGCACGAAAGUACUAGAAAGAUUAGAUAUGGAAAAAGAUAAUGUUGCGCUUAUAUAUAGUGAUUAUAUUAAUAUACUAAUUCUCAUAAUUAAAUUUGUGAUGUGUACAGUGCGGGUAUUUAAAAUUAAAAAUUCAUAUGUAUUGUGAUAUAAGGCGAUUUAAAGUAUUUGUGAGCAUGGGUGGAGUGACAGCCACAUAUACAUAACGUAUAGAAAAAAACAAAUUUAGUCUACUAAAUUUUUUUGUGAGCAAUUAUAUGAUCAGCCUUAAAAGGCAUAAUUAGCAAAUAAAGUGGAAAUGGCUGAAAUAACAAGUGUUCAUGUGUAUCAAAAAGCAUCAAUGAGGUUUUUCUUUAACAAAAAAGAAAACCCGUGUCUGCCAUUGAUGUUGUGGAAGGCACAACUUUGGCAAAAAGAAAAAAAUAUUUUAUAAGUGCCCUGUGCAGUGCGUCACGCGUAUACCUCUGCAGUGUUAAUAAUUAUACCAUCAAACAUAGAAGAGUGUGUGCCGUGUGUGUGAUACUCAAAAUACCGAGUUUCUAGUUAACGAGGAUGAGAAAAGCAGCGUUUAUACAAUGGCGCUGAAUUUAUGGCUCAGAGGAAUAAUAAGAGUGGAUCCGCGUCAUCCAUUGGCCUACAAAAUUCUGCACCUGGGGUGCGUGAAAUUUUGAAUCUCGGUGAAGUACGCAACAACACAUUCGUCGUUACCAACUAGAACGUUACACGAUCCAUGAUCCCGUCAUCUGUCUCCCUUCCCUGCAAUUUACGUAUCCUUACAUAUUUUCUUAUCCUUAAACUUCUUUUUUCCAAUUAGAGAUAAUGCAAUUUUUAAUUAAAUGUAUUCCUAGACCCAAUCCUACAUAUUCUCACUAUGAAUGCAACUUGUGCAUGCAUUUAUACCUGCACCAUAAUGUCCUGGUAUCAGAUACGAAUUUCAAAAGUGUACACACACCUGUGAAUUAAGCCCGACCAACGUCUCGUUACAACAUCUGUGCCUGCAACAAGUACGCUUGAUUCUUGCGGAAGAAAAGUAACGUCCACUCUUGGUCAUGGUGGAAGUACAGAGAAUCUCACAGAAAUGGCACGUCGCAACAACUCCAAAAAUCAAAGUGAACUAGCUUCAUUGAGAGAAUCCGAAAACAAAUACAGGCAACAAUAUAUAGAAGCGUCUCACAGGGAGAAGAUCUUAGUAAGAAGACUUGCUUCUAAAGAACAGGAAUUGCAAGAAUAUAUUAAUCAAAUAACUGAAAUGAAAACCACCCAAGCUCCGUCCGCAGCUGCAUUAAGGUCUACUUUAUUAGAUCCGGCUGUUAAUAUAUUGAUACAGAAAUUAAGACAAGAGCUAAUAACGACCAAAAGUAAAUUGGAAGAUACGCAGAAUGAAUUAAGCGCAUGGAAGUUCACUCCGGAUAGUAAUACGGGGAAAAGAUUAAUGGCAAAAUGUAGAUUGUUAUAUCAGGAAAAUGAGGAGCUUGGUCGUAUGAUUGCCAGCGGACGUAUUGCUAAAUUGGAAGGCGAACUCGCUCUGCAAAAGAGUUUUAGUGAAGAAGUGAAAAAGUCACAGUCAGAAUUAGACGAAUUUCUGCAAGAUUUAGACGAAGAUGUAGAAGGUAUGCAGAGUACUAUUUAUUUCUUGCAACAAGAACUACGCAAGGCGAGAGAAUCAGUCACGCUAUUGCAACAAGAGAACGCAACGUUAAAAGCAAAUACAAAUGAGAAUAAUUUAUCAAAUGGUUUGUCACCUCAUACGCCACCGAUUAAGAAAGAGGAACCGGAAGAAACUGCUAUACCAGAUACGAAACCUCCGAAGCUGGAGGACAGUGAUAUGUGCAAAGGUGUAAGGACUCCACCGUUAACGUCGCCCCAGAGUGAGCUUACUAGUGUCGAUAGAACAGAACGUGCAGAGAGAAAACUUAAUCAAGCCGAUCAUAAUGACGAGAGUUCUAGCGACUCCGCGGCGUUAAUUAUUAAGGUUGAGAACGAGGAACUUAGUGAUAGGGAGGAAGAACAGGAGGAGAAUCGGAACAAACGAAUAUUAAGGAGUAAAAAUCACAAUAGGAAUAGUGGUAAAUCGAACGGGGAGGAGGUGAUGACGCGAACAACGCGGAGUAGGGACAGGAUAAAGAGGGAAAAAAGUGCAGCCAGUAGUGAUGAUGAAAGGACGCACAAGAAGAAACGAAGGGAAAGUAUCCUUUCUCUCGAUUACAAUGAAGCCGAUGAUGAUGCGUUAGUUUUAACUAAUGGCGAGACUUUACAGAGUGAUCCGGAAUGAACGUUGUUUUACGUUCAUUUUGGAUGAUUUUGGAUGACAUUAAUCACACGUGAUUUGAAAAAAAUUCGCGAUAUAUUGAAUAUCCUCUCGUUAUUGUGUAUAAAAUUUUUCAUCUGGAGCAACGCCAGCUAUUUACAAGACAUUGUUCGAAUAAAUAAAUAAUUAGCCAUAAAAGAACGUAAUUUCAGUACCUGUAUUCGUGAUAACUUCAAAGAAUAAAUAUUCAUUGGUCUCUAAAGUGACGAGCCUGUAUAUACUCUUAUACCAUUAGAUCGAUAUAAAGUUCAUGAUUCGCGUUUACAUCAAGUGCAUAAGACGAAGUUGUGUAUUACAUUGCAAGGAUGCUAACUGGAUAAAAUCUAUCUGAAUAGAUUAAUUUAUACAGUCGAAAGAAAAAGCGCGCUGUAAGAAAAAGCCAGAACAAUCGAAUUUCGUUUAUAUUUUGUAAAUUUAUUGUAUUAAAACUCUGUAAAAACGAGCAAGUCUUGGUUAAUGAGUAAAAAAAAAAAUUUCGAAAAAAUAUUGUCAAGAAUUAAUCAAAAAUGCCUAACCACGUUGCGUAAAUAAAUAAAUCUUGAUGCUUUCAGGCGUAUGAAGGCGCAUCACCGAGAGAUUUUCGUAUAAUUGUAUACGUAACAACAAUUCCAAUGUACAUAUGUAUUUCUAUGUAACGUGAGGUAUAUAUCGCCCACGCAUAAAAAAACGUGCGUUUUUACUUUUCUGUUAUUAAAUAACUUGAAAACAGAUGAUAAAAUAUAAAACAAUAUUAGUUUUAGCGAUGCAUUAUAGAUUGAUCUCACAGACUGAUACAUUUUUAAUUCAAUUCAUGUUUUUAAUUUUCCUAAACAAAACUAAAAACAUAUAACGUUUCAUAUCAUAUAUAUUAUCUAUACAUGCAAAUUUGUUUCAUAUCGGCUCAAAAAUUUACGCUUUCAGUUGCGGUGUAUGUUGGACAGAAGUAGAUAUAAAAAAUAUAAGUUUGCAUUUUUAAAAAAUAUAAAGAACGCGUGAUAUUCUUAUCCUAAAUUAUCUCUAUAGUGCCAUUAUUCUUGUCUAAAUAUUUACUCAUAAUUUUCCUGAGUUACAAGCGGCGUAAAAUAAAGCUUUUUCUUAUGCACAUUUUUUGCAAUUAAAAUAUGGUGUCUUCUUUUCUUUAAAUAAUUAAGAAUGAUUAAAAACAACUUGCAUUUCACCUUGCUUACACGUGUAUAAGAAGUUACGUAGAACUUCCACGUGUUAGUUUACAUUCAUCACUAAAAAAUAUGCUAACAUAAAUUGUGAAUCUUGCGAGACAUUAAAGGAUUCCUUAUUCAGAC